CCCCUCCCAAAAUCGCUCCAUCACAUAAACCUGGGGGGGGCAGGAGGGGGGGUCCCUUCCGAUCCUCCCUCCUGACGCCCCCCCCAGCAGGCCCCCUCCCCCACCAUUGAAAGCCAUGAAUUUUGAAUUUGAGAGGGAGAUUGGGUUUAUAAACAGCCAGCCAUCGCUCGCCGAGUGUCUGACUUCCUUCCCCGCUGUCUUGGAGACAUUUCAAACUUCAUCAAUCAAGGAGUCGACAUUAAUUCCUCCUCCUCCUCCUUUCGAGCAAACCUUCCCCAGCCUGCAGCUCGGCGCCUCCACCCUUCAGAGACCCGGGAGCCAAAAGCAAGCCGAAGAUGGGCCUGCUCAGCAGCCGCUGCCGCCGCUCCCCGCCGCCCCCCCAGCCCCCGAGUUCCCCUGGAUGAAAGAGAAGAAGCCGGCCAAGAAACCCAGCCAAUCCGCCACGUCUCCUUCCCCGGCUGCCUCCUCCGUCCCGGCCUCCGGGGUCGGAUCGCCUGCAGAUGGUCGGGGACUGCCGGAGGGCGGCGGCGGGGCGCGCAGGCUGCGCACGGCUUACACCAACACGCAGCUGCUGGAGCUGGAGAAGGAAUUCCAUUUUAACAAGUACCUGUGCCGGCCGCGGCGCGUCGAGAUCGCGGCCUUGCUGGACCUCACCGAGAGGCAGGUCAAAGUCUGGUUCCAGAACCGGCGCAUGAAGCACAAGCGGCAGACUCAGCACCGAGAGCCGCCGGACGGGGAGCCCUCCUGUCCGGGCGCCUUGGAGGACACCGGCGACCCCGCCGAGGAGCCCGCGCCCAGCCCAGGCGGCGCCUCCGCCUCGCGGGCGGCGCGGGAAGCCUGCUGUCACCUGCGCGAGGUCGCGCCGGGGCUCCCGAGCGUCCCGGGCGCACGGCCGUUGGCCUCUCGCUUGGAGGGGGCGGGCGCGCCGAGCUCUGGCUGCGCACUGCGCGGGGCCGGCGGGCUGGAGCCUGAGCCAUUGUCAGAAGACGCCUUCCCGGAGCCGCAGGGUUCGCCUUUCCUGCCCGACCUCAACUUCUUCGCGGCCGAAUCCUGUCUUCAGCUCUCCGGAGGCCUCUCCCCCAGCCUACAGAGCUCGCUCGACAGCCCGGUCCCCUUUUCCGAGGAAGAGCUGGACUUCUUCACCAGCACGCUCUGUGCCAUCGACCUGCAGUUCCCCUAACCCGCUUUCUCCUCCCGGCCCUUUCGACCCCUGCCCUCCUUGGUCUUCUGCGGGAAAAAUCGAGCCUCCCCCACCGCCCAGUCGCAUAGAAUUCUUUACGUGUUUUGCUAAAAUUCAAAUAUUAAUGAAUUAGUGUUUAAUCCACUACCUUUCUUUUUUCUCUAAAAUAUCGGACACUUGGCGUCUUUUUAAAAUCACCCAGAAAAAUUCCGUUUGGUAGACUCUUUCCAACGAAAUCUCAGGAAUAAUUAAAUUCUAGGGGGCUUUCUUAAAAAGAACUAGAGGGACCUAUUUCCUUUUUUUUUUUUUUUUUUAAGUUUUAGACCGUAGACUAUUUAUUAAAAUUCUUUAAUAAUAGGAAAAGGGGAAAGUAUUUAUUGUACAUUAUUUUCAUAGAUUAAAUAAAUGUCUUUAUAAUACUAAAA